CAUUAUUAUAUUGGUUUUCAAGUAUUAAUUAUUGUUUAUUAGAUCAAAUUAUGAAGCUGCAGGCCCAAUUAUUGGAACAACACAAAAUAUUAGAUAACAGCAAAGCUAAGGAUGCUCAAAUUUUGAGUCUACAAGCUCAGCUAGGGGAAAAGAACAAAUUGGAACGGAACAGUUUCCAAACAGUGAAGGUUUUUCGAAACUCUUCCCUAACUGAACAUGAGGAUGAAUUGGCAUUAGGCGAACACAGUCAGUUAUUCAGUCUACCACCUGACAGUGUGUUAAAGUUAAAUUCUGUUAGUGCUGCACUAAAAGAAUUGUUAGUAAUAAGUCCAUGCAGCGAAGGAAGUGAACAAUUGUGGGACUGUAUUUGGGCUGAAAAUGGGUGUGGUACAGAAACCCAGCAAUAGCACGAGUUCAACAUAAAACAUGAAUUAGAAUUUUAGUGGGGGAUCAAGUCAAGUCUGGAAGUGUUACAGGAUGGAAGAGUGAGCCUACAGUUGAAAAACACUGAAAAUGCAUCACCAUUAAGGUAUGAGGUAAAGUAAUAGAGUAU